AUGUCCCUAAGGCGAAGGAAUUGUACGAACAAUUCAAGGCAACCUCUUCAACCACGACUACUCGAUCUACGGAAGACCACCACAACGACUAAAAAACUUACAACGACAACUCCGCCUAAUACAACUAUUCGGCCUACUACAACUGUCGCCACGACUUGUUCCGACAUCAAAUUCUACGACCACUGCACCCACCUCAACGGCCAAUUCGUCUAUUGCAACUACUCCGCCUACUACAACUGUAGCAACGACUUUUCCAGCAGCUACAACUAUUAUGACUACAGCAGUAACUAUUCCGGCUGUCCUGGAUUCUACCACUGCACCGAUAACUACAAAGAAUACCACAACUGCCGCCACGACUUUCUCAAAAAUCACGACUUCAGCGACUGCACCGACGACUACUUCAACUGUCGCGACAACAGCUCCGAAAACUACAGCUUCUGCAACUGUAGUGAGGACCACUGCUACGACUGUCGCGUCUACAGCUACGACAGCUAG